ACACGCACAACCCAAGGCCACAACACACAACCAAGCCAAACCAUGUUCAGCUCGUGGGACCUCGUCCGACCGCGCUUCUGGUACCCCAUGUCGUCGCUGGAGCAGUCCAUGAUGGAGCUAGAGCAUAUGGCCGACGUCAUGACGCGCUCGCGCUUCCCCUUCGAUGCGGGCAGCGAGAUGCUGGCGGCGCCCAGCAACCUGGACGACGACGACUUCUUCCGAGACCUGCCCGUGCUGGCGCGCGAGCAGCGGCCGGCGACGCAGCACCGCCGAGUCGCAGCAGCGCAGCCACAGACGCAGGCACAGACGCAGACGCAGCCCAAGACCCAGUCCGAUACGACGUCUGCCCGUGACAACGACCCCAAUAAGGCCAACAGCGCCAAGCCCACGGUCGAUGUGAAGACCACGCCCAGCAGCUCAGCCCGCGGUGCCAGCGGUGAACAACAGGCACAGCACGCGACGGAGCGCGCCGGCAGCAACGACGCAGACAACCAGCAGCACCACCACCACCACCAACGCGCCUUCUCGUCCUACUCGUUCAGCAACUCGUCCAUCGUGGACGACAAAGGCCGGCGUGUGACGAGCACGCGCCGCCGCUACGAAGACUCGACGGGGCGUCUCAAAGCCGUGCACGAGCGCCAGAUCGAAGGCAACAAGCUGCGCACCACGUGGAACCGCAUGGGCCCGGACGACGACGGCCGCACCGAGGCCGUGUGCUCGACCGGCACGCCCGAGGAGUUCGAGGCGCUCUGGCAGCAGACCCCGUUCGGCGAGGCGCAGAAGAAGACCAUCAAGCAGCAGCAGCAGCACCAGCACCAGCAGCUGGAACAAGGACAGCAAAAGCAGGAGCACGCGCCCCAGGCCAAUUCCAAGUCGAAGGCCGAUGCUGAGGCCGAGCCGACGCCGACGCCGAUGGAGGAGUAAGGGGAACAGUCCAACAGGCCUGUGCAGCCGAAGCGAUUGCGAACCAAACU